UUAUGCCCUAGUAUAUGCAUAAUGAAGUGGUACAAUAAUUGGAAAAAAUUAUUAUUGCGUGUAUUCUUAUACCAAUGAAUAAUAUGUGAUUCAAACACGUCAUUCUUCUAUUAAUUGUAUAACAGUAAAUUCACUUUCGUAAUAAAUGAAAGAAGUGACAUUGUAAUUGACUGAAUAAUCAGAAAUCAAUUUAUUAGCAUCAAAAAUGAUACAUCUGGAUCGGUGUUUUAAAUGUUUUGAUUUGAAAUAUGCAGCUAUUCUCAUUGGAACUUGUUAUUUAACAGGAGAAGUAUCAUCAAUUAUUGCAUUGGUUUUAUGGUAUAUAAAUAGUGCUGAUUACGCCUAUACAAAUUUCAGUAAAAAUCCGUUGAAAGUAGUUGAUAAUCCAUGGAUACUAAUCAUGCCAGUACUUACUUGUGUUUGUGCAAUUGUAAUAACAAUCUUGAUGAUAUAUGGAUCGUUGAUGAACAAAUUUAAAGUCAUGAUUCCUUUUUUACUUUUAAAUUCCGUUGCGAUUGUUUUUGGAUUUCUUAUAUCUUGGGCUUACAUCAUUUUUUCUUUUAUGGAAGAAGGAGCCAAAAGUUGUAUCUGGCUGUUUGUUCUUAAUGGCUCUAUAAUACUUUCCGUCUAUUUUUGGAUCGUAAUUUAUAAUCGUUUAGAAGAAAUUAUCAUCGAAAACGGAUUAUAUGAAAAACAAAUUGUAGAAAAUACUCAUCCUAAACAUCCUGAACAAAAUUUACAAAGCUGGGCAAUAAGAAGAAAUUCUACCCGUAUCAAAGCUAAUGAUCGCCACAGUGCGUUGGAAUCUUCUGAAUCAUUUGAGGAACCAUUUAGAAAAUCGACUAAUUAAUUCGAUAAUAUUGUUGUCCAAUUUACUAUCACAAUAUUCUUUUUGUCUUCAAUGUAAAUUAACAAUUUGUGUGUGUGUUCUU